AUUCAUCGACUGUUUCAACUUCCUGUUGCAUGAGGGUGUGACCAGAGGCGCUGAACUAUUCAUGGUGUCAGGCAACUUCCUUCUCGAAAGCAAAACUCCACGACAGCGUUGAGUUGCACAAGGAGAGAAACAGUCAGCAGGUGCAUGACGUUUCCUGACUUGAUGUUUGAACCUUGAGCCUCUGGCGCAUGCUGUGCGCCACGGGAGCGCAAUGACGGAGCACCUGCUGAAAAUCCUGGUUGUUGGUGACGGAAAUGUUGGGAAAUCCUCCUUCGUGCGUCGCUAUGUCAACGGGCAGUUCAGCAAGACGUACAAGAUGACAGUGGGAGUGGACUUUUCUGUGAAGGUGCUGCAGUGGUCGGAUACAGAAAAAGUCAGGCUGCAGCUUUGGGACAUCGCAGGCCAGGAGCGUUUCAUUUCCAUGACAAGGAUCUAUUAUAAAGGCGCUGUGGGCUGCGUCGUGAUGUUUGACGUCACCAGCUCGUCCAGCUUCCUCAGCUGUCGCCACUGGAAACGGGACCUGGACAAGAAGGCCCUGCUGCCUAAUGGAGACCCGAUCCCCUGCAUCCUGCUGGCCAACAAGUGUGACCUGCCUCAGCGGGUCGUAUCAGCGGACAGCAUCGACAGGUUCAGUCACGCCAAUGGCUUCGCUACAUGGAUGGAGACCUCGGUCAAAGAAAACAAGAGCAUUGACGAGGCGAUGAGGGUGUUGGUGCAGACGAUUUUACCGCUUCAGUCCAGUCUGGACCCCCUUCAACCCCAACUGCUCAGACCACACGAUGGCGUCUUGAGGUCUGAUCAGGACUCAGAGCUCAGAGGACAAAGCUGCUGUUGAAGCACUGCCUUCAUCAAGCAGGGGACAAGCAAAUGCUGCCAGGACCUGCUCAUCAGUGGUUUGAGUUGCCACUGAGUAAGGUAUUAGAACCUCAAGUGUUCAGCGAGGCUGUCUGCUGAUAGACGAGGACAGAAGAUGCACCAGGACGCUGCUGGUGGAGGCGUCCUACAUGGUGGGCAAUUUCUUUAUGUAUAUAGUGUAAUUACGCCAAACCAUAAGAAUGUCAAAGGUUUAUUUUCACUGAAAUUAUGUAAAGCAUCAACUUUUACAUUAUGGAAAAUACAGACCUUCCAUUCGUUCA